AUGGCAGAUAACCAUGAGCAUUACUGGUCGGUUUGGGUGCAACCAGCCAUAACCUUCGCCGUCGGCUUCAUCACCGCCGUGGUGGCCUACCUGGCGUUCCGCUCGCCCAUUAUAGGCAACAUUGCCGACGGUGUGGUAAACCUCACUAAUGCCUCAAACAAUGCGGCCGAUACAAUUGCCGCCGCUGUAACUACCGCCGCCGAUACAAUUGCCGCCGCUAUUACGAAGGCCAGCAACGAUAACGCCGAGGCCAUCGCCGCCGGAAACGCCGCCCUCCGGGACGAGCUGCGUAGCCUCCGGGCCGAACUCGAAAUUGGCCGGUGCCGGUGCCGAUGCCCUCCCGCCGCUGCCGCUACAGCCGCUACUAUGACCUCCUCUUCUCCUCCUCCGGCCGCAACCCUCCCGCCCGCUCCCGCCCGCUCCCACUCGGCCGCCGGUCCGAGCUACAUGGCGCCGACACAAGCGUCAGCGCGUCGGGGCCGCAGCUCCGAUUAGAGAGAUUGUCGUGGGAGAAAACUCACGUAAAUAAAACCCGCCAGAGGCGGAGCUAGUCGCAUACCUGACAUCGGCACCCGGUCGGGGGGCGAGACCCUGACCGGGCCGGGCAUCGGUCUGACGGGUCAGACGCUCAUCAUCAGCGUA